UUGCUCGAUUUACGCCCGAAUAAUUAAGCUUAAGCUCGGGCAAGUAUAGGUUUUCCCUAGAAAAAGCUUAAUUUGAAAGUUUUCAAAAUCGAUCAAGUUAUAAUUUCGGAAAGUAAUUAACGAGAGAACAAUGUGAAAGCAUUUUCAAUUAAAAAUUACUUCACAAAAACAAAAUUCUUUCGUUUCCUACUGUUGACGGCGAAAAAAUGUCAGAUGACGACGAAGAUGUUCCGUACGUUAAAAAAACGAGAACCAUCCAUUACGGAUCGCUGGAGGAUGCAGAGAAAGCUAGACUGGAGGCCUCUUCGGAUGACGAUAAUGAUGAUUCUAAGCUCUCCGCGCUUCAGAGUGCACAAAUUCACAUAUCCAAUGAGUAUAUGGAAUUGGAAGACUCGAUAUCGAAGGAGAAACUAGCAUUGCUUGAGGAGUUCGAAAGGAGAAAAAAGGCCCGGUCUAUCAAUGUUUCGACCGAUGAUGGCGAAGUGAAAAAGAAUUUGCGACAGUUAGGCGAACCUGUGUGUCUUUUUGGAGAAGGACCUGCAGAUAGACGUAAUCGAUUGAGAGAUAUAUUAGCUUGUCUUGGAGAAGAUAUAAUAACAAGGCGAGAUGUAGAUGACGAAAAAAAACAACUAGAAAUUAGCCAGGAAACAACUUGGUACCACGAAGGUCCGGAAUCACUGCGAAUAUCUCGGUUAUGGAUAGCCGAAUAUUCUUUACCGAGAGCGAAAGCACGGUUGGAAGAAGCACGGUUGAUGCGAGAUCUACCCAAUGCAGCUAGAACUGCUAAAAGACAGGAGAUACAAAAGAAAAUACAAAAUUUAGCCAUACAUAGCAGCCAAAUAGGAGAUACGCGACCAAUUUCUUCUUGCAUGUUCAGUCCCAACUCUCAACUAUUGGCAACAGGAUCUUGGACUGGAUUAUGUAAAGUGUGGAGUAUACCAAAUUGCGAAUUAAAACAAACUUUAAAGGGCCACAAUUCUAACGUGGGUGCAAUUAUAUUUCAUCCAAAGGCAACAAUAAGUCAAGAAGAAAACGUUUGCAACAUGGUGUCCUGCGCUUUUGAUGGUUCUGUAAAACUAUGGGAUUUCAAAAGUGAAGAACCAAUAGCAGAUAUUGAAGGUCACAUGCCGUAUCGUGUUUCUAAGAUGGGUUUUCACCCAUCGGGACGAUUUCUAGGCACGUGUUGUUAUGACUGCUCAUGGCGGCUAUGGGAUUUACACCAAUGCACAGAAGUGUUGCAUCAAGAAGGCCAUGGGAAACCAGUACACUGUAUUAGUUUCCAAAUAGAUGGUUCGGUUUGUGCUACAGGAAGUUUGGAUGCAUUUGGAAGAGUUUGGGACUUACGAACAGGGCGAUGCAUUAUGUUCAUGGAGGGUCACUUGAAAGGAAUUAUGGGGAUAGAUUUUGCACUUAAUGGCUACCAAUUGGCAACAUCUAGUGAAGAUAAUACAUGCAAGAUAUGGGACUUGAGAAAACGUUCAGCUGUUUAUACCAUUCCUGCGCAUACUAAUUUAGUAUCGGACAUUAAAUAUCAAAAGGAGGGAGAUUUUUUGGUCACCGCGUCAUUCGACACUACUGUAAAGUUGUGGACAAAUCGUACGUGGCAACCCUUAAAGACUUUGUCUGGGCAUGAUGGGAAAGUUAUGUGCGCAGAUAUGUCUCCAGAUAAUCAAUUUAUUGUCAGUGCUUCUUAUGAUAGGACAUUUAAGUUAUGGACUGCAGAAGAUAAAUGUGACAAUUUGUAAUGGGUACAUGUUUGUAACAUUACGAAUAAAUGUGGUUCUUAAGAAUUA